AUGUUGUUAAGUAUAAAAAGUAUCUUAUGGAUGUAUUCUACAUUAGUUAUAACAUCCAUGCUACCUAAAGUUAAAGCAGAAAAAAAAGCCCUGGUAAAGGGAUCCCUCUCUGGAACUUCAGUCCUGCCAUGCUUCUUUUCAACUACACCCACUAUAGCCUCCAGCUAUGCAGCUGAGUAUCUUCGAAUCAAAUGGUCUAAGGUUGAACUGGAUAAAAGUGGAAAGGAUGCAAAAGAAACCACAGUCCUGGUAGCCCAAAAUGGCAACAUCAAAAUAGGUCAAAGCUACAAAGACAGAGUGUCUGUUCCCACCAAUUCAGAGGAGAGUGGAGAUGCUUCCCUGACUUUCUCUAAGCUGCGUGCGAGUGAUGCGGGAGUGUAUCGCUGUGACGUUAUGUAUGGAGUGGAAGACACACAGGGCAUUGUAUCACUGGCUGUGGAGGGUGUGGUAUUCCAUUAUCGUGCAGCAACCAGCAGGUAUACUCUGAAUUUUACACAAGCUCAGCAGACUUGUCUGGACAAUGGUGCCGUCAUGGCAAGCCCAGAACAACUGAAAGCAGCCUAUGAGGAUGGAUUUGAGCAAUGUGACGCUGGCUGGGUGUCUGACCAGACUGUUAGGUAUCCAAUUAGACAUCCAAGAAUUGGCUGCUUUGGAGAUAAAAUGGGAAAGAAAGGAGUCAGAACGUAUGGGCGCCGUUUUCCUAAUGAAACUUAUGAUGUGUAUUGCUAUGUGGAACACAUGGAAGAUGAAGUGGUUCAUGUCUCAGUCCCUGAGAAGCUGACCUUUGAGGAAGCCAAGGAGCUGUGUCGGAAAAGAGAUGGCGUUCUUGCUUCAGUUGGGAACCUGUACGUGGCCUGGAGGAAUGGCUUUGACCAGUGUGACUAUGGCUGGCUGGCGGAUGGCAGCGUUCGUUACCCAGCCUCGGUGGCAAGGCCCCAGUGUGGUGGAGGUUUACUUGGGGUGAGAACCCUGUAUCGCUAUGAGAACCAAACAGGCUUUCCUUACCCAGAUAGCAAGUUUGAUGCCUACUGCUAUGAACGCCAAGAUCCAUGCAAAAGCAAUCCCUGCCUUAAUGGUGGUACCUGCUAUCCACGUGGUUCCUUUUACAUCUGUACAUGUUUGCCAGGUUUCAACGGCGAGCAGUGUGAAUUAGAUAUCGAUGAAUGCCAGUCCAACCCAUGCCGGAAUGGAGCCACGUGUAUAGAUGGCCUCAAUACCUUUACUUGUAUGUGUCUGCCAAGCUAUAUAGGGACUCUCUGUGAACAAGACACGGAGACCUGUGAUUAUGGCUGGCACAAGUUCCAGGGACAGUGCUACAAAUACUUUGCCCACCGGCGUACGUGGGACACAGCUGAAAGGGAAUGCCGUCUCCAGGGAGCACACUUGACAAGCAUCUUGUCUCAUGAGGAGCAGAUCUUUGUAAACCGUAUUGGUCAUGACUACCAGUGGAUUGGCCUCAAUGACAAAAUGUUUGAGCGUGAUUUCCGCUGGACUGAUGGUAGCCCUCUGCAAUAUGAGAACUGGCGACCAAACCAGCCAGACAGCUUCUUUUCUGCUGGAGAAGACUGUGUUGUUAUAAUAUGGCAUGAGAAUGGGCAGUGGAAUGAUGUACCAUGCAAUUAUCACCUUACUUAUACCUGCAAGAAAGGAACAGUUGCUUGUGGACAGCCUCCUGUUGUAGAAAAUGCAAAGACCUUUGGGAAGAUGAAACCCCGUUAUGAGAUCAACUCCCUUAUUAGAUAUCACUGCAAAGAUGGUUUCAUCCAGCGUCAUAUUCCAACCAUCCGGUGCCAAGGGAAUGGAAGAUGGGAUAUGCCUAAAAUUACUUGCAUGAAUCCGUCCACAUACCAAAGGACUUACUCUAAGAAAUACUACUAUAAACAUUCUUCAUCAGGAAAGGGAACGUUGUUAAAUUCAUCAAAACACUAUCACCGCUGGAUCAGGACGUGGCAGGACUCAAGGCGCUGAGAGCUAAAUGGUGAAUGGGGAUUUCCACCAUUUCAGCCAAAGUCGUAACUUUCUGUGCCUUUUCUAUCACUUAAUAGGAGUAUUAUCAAAUUGUUUUGAAACUAUGGACUGCGGUAUUCACAGUGCGUUUUGCAAAAAUACGGUGUUUAUCAGAAAAUUUAGGAAAAUUAAAAAAAAAAAAAAAAAAAAAAAAAAAGGAGAAGUGCUUUUGGGGAAAAAAGGAAACCAUUUCCAGCCUAUAAAGAUUAUUAGUUUUCUAUAUGCCAUCAGUGUGGACCAUUUUAUGAUAGAUACCAGCCUUCUGCAAUAUUUAAACAGCUCGAUUUUAGCACCAAUGAAAAUGUAAAUAAGAUGAUUUUAAUGUUGUUUAAUUGUGUGUUGUUUUUAAAAUCCUGUAUAUAAAAUGAAAAGUCACACUAAUUUCAGGCAUAUUUAUGGUUAGAAUGGCCUCAGAGGUCUUCAGUCAUUAAUGACGUUGUUUUUAUGUUGUUUACCUAGGCUGGAAAUGGUUGAAAUAACUUCACUGACUGAAAUUUGCUAAUAUCAGGUGA